AUGAAGAACAGAAGGGAAUGAAAAAAAUCCAGGUCCUGGAUGCAGUGGUCAGUCCCCCCAAUGCCAGGGGGCUCACAGGGGCUGUCACAGUGCUGGGAGGAGUCCCUGGAGCUGUCACAGUGCUGGGAGGAGCCCCUGGAGCUGUGACAAUGGGUGCAGGAGCCCCCGGAGCUGUCACAGUGCUGGGAGGAGCCCCGGAGCUGUGACAAUGGGUGCAGGAGCCCCCGGAGCUGUCACAGUGCUGGGAGGAGCCCCGGAGCUGUGACAAUGGGUGCAGGAGCCCCCGGAGCUGUCACAGUGCCCGAGCAGCACCGGAGCUCUCAGGAUGCUUGGAGGAGCCUCGGUGCCUCUCUCCAGGACUGAGUAGCCGCAGGGCUUGUCCCGGUGCUCUGGGGUGGCCCCGGCGCUGGGCAGGGCACAGCAGCCCCGGGCCAGCAGCAGGACGUGCGGUGGCCGCAGCGAUGGCCCACGAGGACGUGAGAUACUACCGGGGGCAGUACAAGGACAGGCUGCUGCUCCUGCUCAGGGAGCUGCGGGCGGCAGAGGAGGACUCCACGCAUUCGUUCAUCUGCGUGCUGAAGAAGAUGAAGGAGGUGCGGCUGAUGGAGAAGGUCGUGGAGGAGACAGAGGAGGCCUUCACGGAGAGGAUGGAGAGCCUUGCUGAGCAGUGGAGGGAGCUGCACGCCAGGAGGGCCCAGCUGAAAGCCCACGUGGUGACAUCUGGGGCCACUGUGAAGGAGAAUGAAAGGCUGCGAAGCCAAGCUCUGAAGAAAGCCAAAGAAGAGAAAGAGGAGAAUUUGAAAAAGGAGAGUGAGCUCGUGCGGGCUAGGAGGGAGCUGGAAGCCCUGAGGAAGCAGCACCAGAAACUCUCCAAAAAACUGCUGAAGUACUCCCGGUUCAAGAGGUACCUGGAGGAGGUGGUGGAGCAUUCCCAGUUCCAUGACAUCGAUGACAUCAUCACCUACUACAAGGCCCUGCUGAGGACACGCAAGGACCUGCUGCAGUCCCAGUGGUGGCACCGGCAGCUGCUGGAGCAGGGCAAGGGCCUGCAGCAGCAGAUCAGGGCGGAGAGGGAGGCUGAGAUGCUGCAGUGCAGGAACGAGCUGGUGCAGCUCAAAGAGUCGCUCGAGCAGGCUCAAAGUGACAUCCGGCACUGGGAGCAGCGCUGUGCCCAGGUGCAGGACGGGGCGGCCAGGCGGGCGGUGGAGCUGAGGUCCCUCACCAUGGCCAUCCACAGCCUGUUCCACGCCGCCAGCGCGCGGCUGCAGCCGCAGGGCAGGGUGGCAGCCGGGGACAGCCACAGGCAGCUGGACAUGGUAACGCGGGCACUGCCCCUGCCAGGGAGAGGAGGGACCCCCAAGGCGAGGGGGAGCCCCCAGACCCGACACCCCCUGGGGUCCCUGCGGGGGCAAUGGGGGGACAGGGGCGAGCAGGGUGGGGCCAGGCACGGCAGGGGGCAGGGAGAUGGGGGUGCAGGGGUGCAGGGUUUGGGGUGCAGGGAGAUGGGGAUGAAGGGUUCCAGGGUGCAGGAAUGCGGGGAUGCAGGGUUUUGGGAUACAGGAGUGCAGGGAUAUGGGGUGCAGGGUUUCGGGUGUAGGGAGAAGGGGCUGCAGGGUUUUGGGGUGUAGGGAUAUGGGGUGCAGGGUUUUGGGGUGCAGGGAUGCAGAUCCAGCCCUGGCCAGGAGUUGGUUCCACACCCCCACAAAGUCUCCAUCCCCCCUGGUGCUGCACGUGCUUUCCUGUCCUGUCACUUAGCCUGGGGACAUGUGGCCUCCAGGAGGGACAGGCUCCCUCUGCCCCCUGCUCCAUUCCCGCCUGAGCCCCUCUCCCUGCGCCACCCCAGAUCCGGCAGUUUAUCCACGACCUCCAGGACUUCAC